UGGCGUCCGGCCGGGCGGCGGGGCGACCGCCCUCAGUCGUGCCCCGACGCUCGCGCUCGCCACCCACCCACACCGUCAGGGGCCGGCAGGUCAGCCGAGUUGUGCGUUCGAGUCUCUUAGCCUUCGCUCGUCGCGUCACGCCGCCCUUGGCGGACCUCCAUCUCGCGGACCCCAAGCAGUCCCCCCCCCCCCCGGAGUCUUCGCCGUCCUCGAGCACGACGUGAUCCUGGUCCGCGCCGAGGCCUUUGACCCGACAGCGGCACGCCCCGCAGGACAAAGGGCAGUGACAUGCACCCUCGAAAUCAAUGCCUUGCUCGCACUGCGCCGCUGCCGCCCGCAGUCCGGGACCAACAACAACAACGAUAGCAGCAGACGACGCGUAGCCACCGAGGCCGCCGUCGGGGACCGCUGAACCGCCAGGACGGCGUCGUCGCCAUGUCGCAGGCCGAGCUGCUCGCCCUGCUCAACCCCACGGCCAACAGCAGCCAGUACCGGUCCACAGCCGCGCUCGUCGUGGAGAGGCGCAUCGGCAAGGGCCAGUUCAGCGUCGUGUACCGGGCCCGCUCCAAGGCGGAUGGCAGCGUGGUCGCCCUCAAGAAGGUGCUCAUCUUCGACAUGAUGGACGCCAAGGCGCGGGUGGACUGCGUUAAGGAGACCAACCUGCUCCAGCAACUAGAUCAUCCAAAUGUUAUUCGAUAUCUGGCAUCAUUUAUUGAAAACGAUGAACUAAAUAUAGUCCUGGAGUUGGCAGACGCAGGGGACCUCCUGAGAAUGAUUAAACACUUUCGUCGGCACAGGCGACUCAUUCCAGAGCGGACCAUAUGGAAAUAUUUUGUACAGCUUUGCAGUGCAGUUGAUCACAUGCAUUCGAAACGCAUAAUGCACAGAGACAUCAAACCUGCAAAUGUAUUCAUCACAGCAUCAGGGGUGAUAAAAUUGGGGGAUCUCGGUCUGGGGAGGUUCUUCAGUUCAAAAACUGUGGCUGCCCAUUCGCUUGUUGGCACACCUUACUAUAUGAGUCCAGAGCGAAUUCACGAACAUGGUUAUAAUUUUAAAAGUGACAUUUGGUCACUUGGCUGUCUACUCUAUGAGAUGGCUGCUCUCCAGUCCCCAUUUUAUGGUGACAAAAUGAACCUGUACACCCUAUGUAUGAAGAUUGAAGAGUGUGAUUAUCCACCCCUCCCGAGCAGUGUGUAUUCAGACAGUUUAAGAAGUCUAGUGGCUGCAAGUAUCACAGCCAACCCAAACGAUCGACCAGACAUUGGCCACAUGUACAGUAUUGCACGAACUAUGAACAAUCAAUAUAACAGUAAAACGACCAGCGGAGGGAACAGGCCAGGAGCUGGGAGCAGCACCUCAACAGGCUCUCAGAGUAGGCUGGCAACAGUAUCCGGUCAUCGGACACCAAAGUCUGGAGGACUCUUGCCCCUCUCACCGCUUCCCACACCACUGAUGCAGCCCACAGCCCAUGUGCAUCGCAGAAUAAGCAACGUUUCAAUGACGCGUGAGCACCGUGAGACACUGUUUCCCCCUUUGAUUGAAAAAAACAGUGAUUUGUAAUAUUUUUUAUAGUAUGUGCGAAAGAAAAUCAAAUGCCAUGGUUAUUUUAAGGUAUCUCCUAUUUUUAAAAGACCAACUCAUAUUUUGUUUAUGUUUAAACAGAACCUCAAUGUAGUUGUUUUUGCAAACUUGAUUUUAAAAGAACAUGGGAAUUGAAGGAAGGCUCAUCAUCAUGAUAUAAUUAAAAUUAUAAGAAGCACUAAUGAUUACAUUAUAAUUAUUUUGAGCAUUCAAUGGCAUGAUGUUAAUAAAAAUAUCAAUUAUAA